AUUAUCCACUUCCCCAAAAUAUCUUGCUCUCCUAGCAGCCACCAUUGCCCUUUAAAUAGGAACAAGGGUUUUUAUCAUUCAACACCAAAUCAUUGAAGACCACAAAAAACCCACCAAAUUUUCAAAAUGCAGGCAGCUUUGUGUUUUGCCCCAAACCUUCUCCAUUUCACACCUUCCAAAAAAUUCCCUAAACCAGGCAUGAGUGCCCUCCCCAAGUUAACUGCUUCGCCGCCUUCUCGAGUUUCUUUGAUCAAAGCAACAGCUGCUAAUGAACCCUCUGUUGUUGACUACAGCUCUGCGGUCUCUGUGUUCCCAGCUGAAGCCUGUGAGACAAUCGGCGGAGAAGCUUGUGAUGCAGAAAUGUAUCCUGAAGUGGAGUUCAAACCAGAGGCCAGAAGUAAUAUCGCAAAGAGCGCAUCCGAGUCGAUUGAGAGAGAGUAUCUUGAGUAUACUAGCCCAAAGACUGUGCUUCCUGGAGAGGCUUGCGACGUUCUUGGAGGAGAGUUCUGCGAGCGCCCAUAUCAAAGGGGUGUCUACUAGAUCAAAGCCAUGUCCAGGAACAUGACAUUUAACCUUGUAUCUCUGAGUGUUUGGCCUUGUAUAUAGACUUGCAUUGUCACCACACUCGUUUGAUCAUGUAUAAAAGUUGUUGAAUACAUAUAUCAUGGAAUUAGACAAGCAUUACAGAGAAA